GACAUUUAAAAGCCGCGUCUUUUGUGUAUUAAUAAAAUAAACGUUUAUUAAUCCUGUUUUUUUUAUUAUAAUUUUCAUUUAAAUUAAAGUAUUAUUAAAUAAAGUAACCAUGUCUUACAAAGGGAAUACAAAAGUUCAAAAAGUUAUGGUUCAACCCAUUAACUUAAUUUUUCGAUAUUUACAAAAUCGAUCUAGAGUUCAAGUUUGGCUGUAUGAAAAUAUAUCACUAAGAAUCGAAGGACAUAUUGUGGGAUUUGAUGAAUAUAUGAAUCUUGUCCUAGAUGAUGCGGAAGAAGUAUAUGUCAAGACGAGGCAAAGAAAAAACUUGGGUAGAAUAAUGCUUAAAGGAGAUAAUAUAACGUUGAUUCAAAAUGUUAAUCCUACAAAAGAUUAAGGUUAGGUUAAAACAACCAAAAAGUAAUAUUAAAUAAUUUCCAUAAUUUGAAUUGUAAAAUUUAAAUUUAGAUUUAAG